GCUUCCUGGAUGCAGCUGGAGAUGAACGUAUAAGCCGCAUAGCUUUGGUUAUCCUUAUGUUCUUUAGUCUUAGCCGUUUGCUUGUAAUAAUUGUUUACAACAUGAACGUGUGUUGCUGGAUUUUCAGCCUUUGCUUGAGUGUUGGAGUCAUGGCAGGGAAAUAUUCCCGUGAAGUGAACGAGCAAAACAACAACAAUGUGGUGGAGUUUCGUGUCGCUAAACUGAACCAGGUUUGGGACAAAGCGAACAGGAUGCAGCUUGCCCCGAGGCGGCUGACGGAGCUCCACAGUGAUUUGAAGAUUCAGGAGAAGGAAGAACUUCAGUGGAAGAAGUUGAAGGCAGAGGGACUAGACGAGGAUGGCGAGAGGGAGGCCAAGCUGAGACGCAACUUUAACAUCAUCCUGGCCAAGUACGGAAUGGAUGGUAAGAAGGACAACCGUGCCUUGGACAGCAAUAACCUGAAAGACCAUGACUCCAAACUGGGAGAAAUAUUUGAGGACCCCAGACUGGACAAACUGUGGAACAAAGCCAAGACUUCGGGAAAGUUUUCGGAGGAGGAGCUGCAGAGCCUGCGCCGAGAGUUCGAGCACCACAAGGAAAAGAUCCACGAGUACAACAUCAUGAUGGACACAGUGAGCCGGACUGAGGAAAUCCAUAAGAACGUGAUUUCUCCACUGGACGGUGAGGAGAAAGCAUCCAGUGUCCAUGAGAAACACAAGGACCUUAAGCAGAGGAUGAGGGACCUGAACCAGGGCUUUGAUCGCCUAUGGAAAAUCACUCAUGAAGGCUUCGACAGUGACAGCGAGUUUAAGGAGCCCAAGGUCAUAGAGCUGUGGGAAAUGGCCAGAAGAUCAAAUCUUAGUGAGGACGAGCUCGACUCUCUCAAGGAAGAGCUAAAGCAUUUCGAGACAAAGGUAGAGAAGCACCACCACUACCAGGAACAGCUGGAGUAUUCACACCAGAAACUGCAGCACAUAGAGUCCAUGGGAGAUAAGGACCACAUCGUAAGACAUAAAGAGAAAUACAACACACUUGCCGAGAAAGCACGAGAGAUCGGUUACAAGAUGAAGAAGCAUUUGCAAGAUAUAACCAACAAAAUCUCCCGAAAUGGACUCCAGCACAAUGAACUCUGAGCAUGACCCUCCUCUUCUCACCAUGACAACACUGAAAAUCCUUCAUAUCCAAAAGCAUAGAUUAUAGUGUGGGUGCAGUUAUUGAUUUUCUAAAAUUGUCUAAAUCAUUUCACACAACAUUUGCUAAUCCUCUGCACUGAUUUUUUUAAUGACAUUGCAUGGUUUGGAUUUGGUCCACUGUAAGUGGUAGAAAACCCUUGUUGAUAGUUUAGGUACAAAAGCAUAUGUACAGUCUGUUAUGUUUUAAGUCCAGUUCUGAUUUUUGAUUAUUUGAAUGCUGAAGUCAUUCCCAUUGGAAGGGUACAUGUGGAGCUUGAAGCUGAAUGCAGUAUUUUAUGUAUUCCCAUUAGUUUUAGAAAUCUUUUGAAAUGCUCAUUGUUUUCAUAAAUUUUCACAUAUUUCAUAAUAUAAUCUCUGUAAAUAAAAGUUGAUUGUCCAUUCA